CUGAUAAAUACCGGCUGGCAACAGCAAGCAGUAAUGUGGUCUGCAGCAGCAACAGCAACAACAACAACAACAACAACAACCACAGUAACAGCAACAAUAGCAACAACAGCAUAAAUUCAAAGUCGCUUCGGUAUUAAUUGAGCGGGAGCGUGGGAACUACAAAUCACAGCAGCAAUAGCCGCCAACAACAAUCACAAGCAACAACAAGAAGAACGACAACAAAUUGCCGCUCUGUACGCUCACAGCUCUCACAGCUCUCCGAGCACAACAGCAACUGUUGCUGCCGCUCAGCUGAGAGCAUUUGCUCACAUAUAUUUUGAGGCGUUGCGGCCGACGCACACGACAGUUGUGCUUGAAACGCUUCGUAGUGAAGAUCGUGCUCGAAUAACGCGCGGAACAGACAACAAGAAGAAUAUAACAAAAUAUAAAACAAACAAAAAUUGUUUGCAACCACAAAAGUGAACACAUGAAAUCUAUAGAAAUUUGAUUUACAUGUGGAAAAAUCGAAAAAGAAAUUUUUUAGAAAUUUUUGUUCAAUAUCGGCGACGAGCUCCGCGCGUAAAUUAGCAAGCGUUUGCAAGAAACAAGCUACAAAAAGAAGAAGAGAAAAAAAACACAUUGGAAAAUUAACAAAAAGAAGAAGAAAAAGAAGCUGUGUGCAACGUGUAAACCAAGUGAAAUUUUUGUGAGUGUCCAAGAGCCAAAACAAAUAGUAGCAUAUAAAAAGCAAAAAGUGGCGCUCAAACUGUAAAGUGAUGUGCGUGCCACAAGCACAAAAGCAACAGCAACAACAGCCACAACAACAAGAACAACAAAAACAACAUAGACAAUUGCUACCAAUAGAGGAACAUUAAGCGUUAGUUGCAUAAAGAAAUGGCCAUUGAUUUUCUCAUCUUGGCCGUGCUGCUCAUCUCGUUCAUCAUCAAUCUGCUGGCGCUGUGCGCAUUCUGGAUAACGCCAGGACUGCGCACGACAGCAAAUCGUUUUACCAUCAAUCUGCUGAUCAUCAAUUUGAUUGGCUGCUGCAUUUUGGCCCCAACACUUUUCGUGAGCGGUUUCGAGAGCCUCUCCGGACAGGAGGAACAGUUGAGCGGCGUCAAUGGGGCUGGGGAUAGCAUUGAAUUCUACUCGAAGCCGGGCAACCAUCAGCUAACCAUACGGCACCAUGGCCAGCUUGUGGAGAAGGAUGGCAUUGUGCUGCGCAAGAAUAUUACCAGCAGCAAUAGCAACAGCAACACCAACGACAGCUCGGGGGAUACCAUUGAGAUGAUAUACAAGUGCAAUGCCACCUAUUGUCGCGAACUGACCAUCGAUGAGCGCGGCGAUGGCGGCAUUGUCAUCACCGAGAUGGAAACCCGGGAGGAUAAUCUGAGUGUGCCCGUGCACAGCAACAUCUCGUCGCCGGCGGUGCAGCUGCGUUGCUGGUCCAUUGACAUGACCGCCGCACUGGGCGCUCUGGCAGUGCUGCUUGUGGUUGGGGAUACCUGGUGUGCGGUGACCGAUCCGUUGCGCUAUCACAGUCGCAUUUCGGGCGUGAAAGCAUGGAUAUUCAUCACGCUCACCUGGGGGGUGGGCAUACUCUUUGGCGCCCUGUCCGCAUUUCGUGUGCUCGACUUUGAGGCGGAUACGCUGCUCAGCAGGCAGAGGCGUCUGGCGGCCAUCUACUUUAACAUCAGCAGCACCAGCAGCAUAUUCGGCGUGAUCUAUGCCUGUGUGUACUUCAUAGUCAUCAUCUUGCUGCCCUUUGGCUUUGUCUGCGGCAUGUAUUGGCGCAUCUUCAGCGAGGCGCGCGGUAAUGGGUUGCGCAUGCGACAGAACGGUUCCUCGCCGCUGCUCCAGAGCGCACUCAAUUUGACGAAUCAUGCACAAGCGGUGCCUGCCACGCCCUAUGCGAACAGCCUGUGCGUGCAUAGACAUUCCAUAUCCUCGGCAAGCUCACAUGGCGGCGGCGGCGUCCUCUCCGGUGGUCUACAAAUGCAAAUCGAUCAGCGUGGGCCGCGCAGCUCACCGAGCUGUCUUCGUCGCGAUUCGGCCGCCAAGGUUCUGCUGCCGACCAUCUCCGACGAUGGCUCCGAUGUGGAUGUGGAGAGCAGCCAUGGCGGUCAGCAGCUCAUGAGCGUGCCGGAGCAAACGGUGGCGGAUCGCAAUCAGAACAUCUUGCUAACGCUGCAAACGGCCAGCGGAGAGAUCAAGCGCAACUAUUCGGCCAGGCAGCUGCCGCUGCUGGGCACCUCGUCGCAGGAUCUGCGCGAGCUGCAUCGCCUGCAGGGCAUACGCCAGGUGCACAGCUCCCCAAAUCUUCACAAGUAUACGGAGCUGCGACAGGAUUCGCUAACGCUAAGUGAGGAGUGCAACUCGCCGCAUUUGCUGCAGGCACACCGACAGCAGCAGCAGCACUCGCGUCAAUUGCAGCAACCGCAGCAACAAUUGCAGCAGCUGCCGCCACAGCAACAGCUGCACACGCACUUCAGCACUGGACCCCAGCAGGUUGCAGCAGGACAUGCUCUGCAAAUACCCGCCAUACACGCCUCGCCCAAGGCGCUCAGCUACAUGAGCUCGCUGCGCCAUCGCCUCAGCAAUGCCAGCUCGCUGUUCAAGUACCGCGAGGAGUCGCGUGCCGCUCGCAUCAGCAUUCUGGUGGUGGUCAUGUUCGUGGUCUCGUAUCUGCCCUUUGGUUUGCUGGUGCUGCUGCAGUCGCGUCUGUCCGCCGCCAACUUUACUGGCUCUACGCAGCUGGCCAUCUUCAUGAUUCUGCUGGCCAAUCUCAGCUCGCCCGUCAUCUUCGCCUACCGCAACAAGCGCGUACGUCGCGGCGUCACGCGGCUGUUCGGUUUGGAUGCGGCCAGCGCUCUGCAGCGUCAACACAGCAGCAGCCUAAAGAACCAUGGUCACAGCGCCGCAGCUUCAAGUGCGCCGCAGCUGCAGCGCAAUAGCAGCAGAUUGUCGCAGUACAGCAGCAACAGUUGCCGCUAUCUGACGCCGCAGAGCUCACUGGUCAGCCAGUGCCAGACAACGACGCCGGUGCACACAACGUUGACGCUGCGCCCGAAUAGCAGCUGCUGCACCAUCAUCAACUACGGUGGUCAACACAAGAGUUCCGCAGACUCGGAUGAGGUGCCAUCGCUGGAGGCAACGCCGCCGCCUCAGCGCCAAACGCGACCCAAGCUGCAGCGUGGCAUAACCAUUGUGGAGCACAUACAUAUAGCCGGCUCGCCGCCAAAGUUUCAGUCGAGGCGUGGCCUGUUGGAUAUGUUCUUUCGCGGCUCCAAGAAGAUGCAGUCCAGCUGCUCCCAGGCAAUGCCAACGGAGGUCUAGAAAAACUAACUCUAAGUAACUACUAAAUGUUGAUUUGCUUGCUGAAGAAUUCGCAGAACAGUAUUCGUAACUCCGUAAGUUUAGUAAAAGUAAGCCAAAAAAAAAA